CUGGUUUCAGUUUACAAUUACAAUUAAAGUGCUAAGAUCCGCUGAUAGCGACUUGUCUUGAUUUUAAUGACUACUUUCUAUUUACGAACGAAAACGCUCGGAAGAGUAGCAAAAGAUUUCCCGAGGUCCAAAGAGACUGUCCUGUUGCACGUUUUGCAAAAGCGUUCAUGAUUAGACAAGCGACGAGACGACUGUAGCGCGAUUCAGUGCUGAAUCAAGCGCUGUCCGUGGUGCUGAACUCUGGAUCCGGCGCUGUCCGCGGUGCUGAACUCACUGAGGCGACCUAUUGAAGAUGAAACGCUCCUCUGUUCUCAUUCCUCUCCGCACUCAACUUAGUAGCGCUGUCUCAGACGAUGCUUUUCUGUCUGCUCUGCCGGCGCGAGCAUCUCGUAUGUAGAUAAACUUACUUUCGCACUGGGGAAGCGUAAUGAUAUCGAAUCUAUUCUCGUUUAUUAACUUGGCAUCAAAUUGUUUUCUCGGCGGAGGUGCCGAAGACCAAAUGGCGUUAUACUGUUCCACCUGCAGUAUUUGGGAGUUGAUUUAAAUGCCGCGGAUGACUAGAUGAUCACGAGAAGGAAGUACAUUUGUACAGAUGUUUUGGAUCUUUUUUCGUUCCUUUUCCACAUUCUGAGAGGUCACUUAAUGAUCGGGGAAGGAUAACUGCGUUGCUGGAUAUGUCAUUUCUGAAGUGGCCAUGAUCAGCUUUCAUUUGUAAAUAUUAAAGACAUUCGGAUUAUCUGUUCUCUUGGAGUAAGCAAAUUUUUUUUGCACCAACUCGAAUUGGAAUGAUUUUUGUGGUCUUAUCAUCACGAAGGUGCACUUGCUCGCUUGAUUACGAUUCCAACAAAGUGGAACCAGACAUUUUAACGCGUGUCAUAUUUGCAGCAUGGAGACUUACAACUUAAGGGACCUGAGACACUCUCCUUGAAUGCGUCAGACUGCCGCGGCGAAGGAUGGGCCCUUUUCUCCCGGCGAUUUGCGUCGUGCUGCUCGCCCUGAACGCCGCUGUCUCGCCGGCCUCUGUCGGCCCUGAGGACUAUCCCGCCGCGGACGAGGCCGAGAGAACUGCCAACAAUGACAUCAUUUUCGAUGACUACCGAGGGAAAGGCUGCGUGGAUGACAGUGGCUUCGUGUACAAGCUCGGGGAACGCUUCUUCCCGGGCCACUCGAACUGCCCGUGCGUGUGCACGGAGGACGGACCAGUCUGUGACCAACCCGAGUGCCCUAAAAUACACCCCAAGUGCACCAAGGUGGAACACAACGGGUGUUGCCCCGAAUGCAAGGAGGUCAAAAACUUCUGUGAAUACAGAGGGAAGACUUAUAAGAUCCUGGAGGAAUUCAAGGUGUUUCACCUACAGGGUUCCCCAGCAGCCGUGGAAGGGAGCCACUUCACCGCCGCACCCCCAGCCACUGCUCAGCUGCAAGCAAGAGGCCGGAGCUAUAGGCCUUCGCCCUGUGAAUGGUGUCGCUGCGAGCCAAAUAACGAGGUGCAUUGUGUGGUCGCUGACUGUGCAGUACCGGAGUGCGUCAACCCAGUGUACGAGCCAGAACAGUGCUGCCCCAUCUGUAAAAACGGUCCAAAUUGCUUCGCUGGAACGACGAUCAUCCCAGCUGGCAUUGAAGUGAAGGUGGACGACUGCACCAUCUGUCGGUGCCACAGUGGGGACUGGUGGAAGCCUGCGCAGUGCUUGCGCCGGGAGUGUCUCAACGGUCAGGCGUCAUCAUAGAAACCCUCCGGAGCUGAAAGGAGGGACACGAUGCGACGUGCGACAUGGCUGUGGGUGCAGGGGACGGCCCACCUUAUGACAGCGAGGGACUGAUUGGCAGGAGCACAAUUCCUCUGGCAAACUGAGAUGGCUGGACAUACUGAGAUACAUGGAACAUACUGUACACUCAAACAUACACACACAUAAAAGUCCUUGGCAGAAUCAUAAGUGUCUAUCACUGAGGACACAUUUUUCUCCUGUGAUGAGUUCAUACUAGGGUGAACCUCAUGAAAACAUUUCCCUCCAAAAUCAAGAGAAUAAAAUUAGAAAUGAUACUUUGCAUAAAUUCAUUUACAUCUUCUGCACUUUUACCUUUUUUCCUAAAAAUGAACUCAUAUUUGCAUUUUAUUAUUAUUUUUUUGUAGCUCCACAUUAUUUAUUAAACGCAGUAUUUUUAAAAUAUUAAAAAUGAAUCUAGGAAUAUUAAAUUAUCAAAUUACUGAAAUAUACUAAUUAUAUAAAUUAUUAAAACAAAGAUUUUUAUUUUAAAAGAAUUUAUGAUCAUACAAGUACAAUAAAUACAACCACAAUAAAUAUUUUAUAACACUUAUGUAAAAAAUUAUUUGAUUUUGUUUUACUGUUAAGUAAAGACUUUUACUUAGAAAUUAGGAAUUAUACUUUGCAUACACAAAAAAAGGCUGUUUUCAGGAUCAGUAUAAUUUUCUGCAUUUUGACUCAUAAAAAUGAACCUAAAUUCAUAUUUUACAGUUCCCUCAAAAUUGUUAUUUUUUGGGUUUUUGUUGCUGUUUUUGAUCACAGGGAUUGUCAUUACAUUUUCACUAAUAAAAUACAAUACUUUUUACUAUAUUAAAUUCAUAUAGGAAUAUAAAAAAAAAAUAUUAAAAUAAUAUAAAUUAAAAUAAUUACAUAUUUGUAAAAAUAUAUAUUUAAACUAACAAAUAUCAGAAUAUAUAAAUACAUUAGCUGUUUUUUUGGGUUUACAUUAAUGACACAUUGACCAUACAUUAAUGAUAAUGAAAUAUUUUGCAUUUCCGUAAUGAUAAUUUAGGGGUAAAUGUGCUUAAGUGUCUAAAUAGCUUAAUUUUCAUUAGGCAAAAUAUAAUUUCUUCAAUUUCUUCUUUUGUUCAUUUGAUUUUGACAUCUGGACAAGUUCUUGACAGGUUUCAUGAGAUUCACCCACUCGUUUUAUUAGUUGCUUAUGCUGCUCAAACACAUUGUUUGUAUAUUUCACAUGACCAUAAGUGCUCAAUGAGAACACUUAAACCUAAAAUGCCACCUCAAUCCUCUGAAGAUAAGGUUGAUCAUUUUAGUCUGCGCUUACAGUGAGAUAUUUUACCGUAGCACACAUUACAACAUUACAUACACAAAACCUCGCCUCCACUAGUCCUGUACAAGCCUCUGUGUUCCCACAUUUGUGGAGUAUGAGUUAUAUUUAGUGGUAGUGUUACUAAGGGGUAUGAACUUGUUCAUUAAGAAACAUGAUUAAUGACAAGUUCGAAUUUAAUUGUUUAAUUAGUGGAACAAGAGGGAAUAAGGUAGAUCUACACCACGUAAUUGGAAAAUGGCCCAAGAGAAACACAGCUGGGAAGCAAAGAUGAUUUAGUGAUUGUACUGGGAAAUGAUUUACUGCAUCACUCAUAUAAGAAAACUCAUUUGAGAUGGAUUUAGCAUUAUAGGUAGCAAACACUUUCCAUGAAUAGGGUACACUACUAUAACUCUAAGAUACUUUUAUUCAGCAAGAAUGCUUUAGAUUGAUCAAAAAGCGACAUUAUUUAUAUUGUUUCAAAAUUUAAAAUGAAUGCUGUUCUUUAAAAUGUUCGACUCAAAGAAUUGGGGCUGGGCGAUAUACCAGUAGACACGAUUAACUAUUGUUACGUGGUCACAAAAACGUAUCAUUUGCAUGCAUUUUAAAGCAUUGCGGUUAAAAAAAAAAAGUGAUUUUAAGCCGCUGAAAUGCAAUCAGCAGUAAAACAGAUCUCAUUUCGCUAUAUGGCGAGUAUUGGACACAGAUAUUUUUGCCUCUUUAUAGUUAAAUACACACCUAUGUAUGUGUCAAAAUACCCGUCUUCGCAAGUAUCCUCGUAAACAGCAAUUUAGGUCUUAAGUUAAAGCAAACAGCUGAAAAAGAAAACACACGUGUAACUGUAUAUUGGAUCUGGGCAGCUCUUAAAGUGACAGCAGUCUGAUUUUCCCGCUGUCUGUCAUUCAUGUUAAUCAAACAGCAAAAGACAGAAAAUCUCUCACCACUCUUGACUAAAUCACUUUUGUAACUUUAAUAAGAAGAAAUAUAUAUUUAAUUUACACAAUGAAGAAUAUGCAGUUUUUUAUACAUCUGAUGUAUGUAGCAUUACUUAUUUAUUUGUUUUACUGUAAAUUUUUUUGUCUUAUUGCUUAUAAUUAUUUUCUUAUUUAAUCAGUGACUGUUUUUUUUUUUUUUUUUUUUUUUUUUUUUUUUUAGACUAGUAUUAGUUUUUUGUGAUAUCGACACUAGUUACAAGAAUUAUGAAAUUUCUAUGCUACCAAAAAUCUUGAUGUCAUAAAGCCCUUAUUUUAAAGCAAAAAUAACUAUAUUGUGAUGUAUAUCAUUACCAUGAAAUAAAAUUAUUACUAUCGUGAUAAAAGAUUUUGGUCAUAUCGCCCACCCCUACAAAGAAUCCAGAAAAAACAUGCAACGAUUUCCACAAAAACAUUAAUACAAAAAUAUGAUUUUAAUAUUGAUAAUAAAUGUUUCUUAAGCACCAAAUCAGCAUGUUAGAAUGAUUUCUGAACGAUCAUGUGACACUGAAGACUGGCGUACUGGCUGCUGAAAAUUCAGUUUUGCUAUCACAGAAAUAAAUUAAAUUGUAAAAUAUAUUAAUAUAAAUUGUAAUAAUAUUCUCAAAAAAAUAAUAUUGCAGUUUUUGAUCAAUUAAAUUGCCUUGGUCAGCAAUAGAUACUUCUUUAAAUAAAUAAAUAAAUAAAUUACCAAGUGCAAAACAGUAGUGUAUAUAAUAACUAAUAUAACAACAAAAUCAGUUUUAAAGGGGGGAGGAUUUACUUUGUAUAUGUUUUUAAAUAAAAACUAGUCAUUUUUGGAGUGAAAAGUCGAAAGACUGAAACAAUUUUCUUGUAAAAUGUACUUCAAUAAUCGUUGUUAUAUUUACAAAUUCAGAAAAUCAUUUUUACAGUGUAUUUAGACAGAUCCCAAAUGGCAAAAAUGUUUACCUUUCAUAGAAAAUAAAUAUAAUAUAUGACCCUGGACCUCAAAACCAGUCUUAAGCAGCACAUGUAUAUUUAUAGCAAUAGCUAAAAAUACAUUGUAUUUGUCAAAAUUAUAAAUUUUUCUUGUAUGCCAAAAAUCAUUAGGAUAUUAAGUAAAGAUCAUGUUCCAUUAAGAUAUUUUGUAAAUUUCCUGCUGUAAAUAUAUCAAAACUUAAUUUUUGAUUAGUAAUAUAAAAAGAACUUCAACUUUAAAGGCGGUUUUCUCAAUAUUUAAAUUUUUUGCACCCUCAGAUUCCAGAUUUUCAAAUAUUCCCCUAUCCUGACAUCAAUGGAACACUUACUUAUUCAGCUUUCAGAUGAUGCAUAAACCUCAAUUUCAAAAAACUGACUCUUAUGACUGGUUUGUGGUCCAGGGUCACAUAUAUAUGAUAUGUAUUAUAGUAUUGUACAAUAUAGGCCAUAUACUGUACCCUAUUCAUGGAAAGUAUCACCGAACCUGUGCGUCCUAUAAAUCACUACCGUACUUCAGAGUUUUGUUUGUAAUACCCUUGUUUUUCUCUCCCAAGCCCAAACAAACACGCUUUCCUAAAGUCUAGCAGCUUGAACUUAUCUAAGCAAUUAGCUAGCCCACAGCAGCCUACUUUAAUUUUCCUUAAUCAGGCAAUAUGCAGUGAUAAAUUAUCCGCCUCUGCCCUCUGUUGUACUGCCCGGCAGACACGCAGCCCAGCAUGCAGAGGGCUAAAACAAAGGCAGGAAUCUGCAUACAGUCUGGCGCUUCAAAGCGGCGCUCAAAACCACUUCUUUUGAUCUUCGGCACAUCCGUAACCUCAGCUCACGGCAAUUUCGCUCGCAGCUUAGAAGGAAGAUGUUGAUCAACUGCACUUUGAGAAGCACUUAAACCAAUAAGAACCUCUAAACAGACUCUGAGCCGCUUUUAGACCACAUUUGCUGAAGAUUUUCCUGUAUCUGUGCAGCACAACAUUGACCAUCAUUCAGGUUUAACUAAUGCAGAGCUUAUAGAUCCUCUUUAAAUCAGGCACCCACUUGCCUGAUUUCCUUUUUUUCUUUUCUCAAUGAUGAAUACCAGUCAUUAAUUCAAUGGGAACUUCACCAAGCACCUGCGAUUUAUCAUAGGUAUUUUUUCCCAUCCAACAGCAUUCAUUCCCUUUAACCUUUUGGACUCUGUUUCUAAGCGCUGAUGGAUGAGCUACUUAAUAACAGAUCUGCAGAUUUGGUAAUGAGACGACAAUGAAUGCAACAACGUGACCCGCAAAGAAUGUGCUAGAAUAUAUAUAUAUAUAUAUAUAUAUAUAUACAGUAUGCAUUCGCUCACUGCCUUUACCUCAUCUUCAGGGUCUCUCUAUAGCUCAAACUAAGGCUUGUCCAAUAAGUCAACAAAUCAUUAAGUCUCGAUUUAAAUAAUGAACCGUAAAAGUCCAUAAAUGACAUAUAGCAGAAGACAAACGAUUAUAAAACACCCCCUAAAGUGUUAUUCACACUGGACAUUUAUUACAGCUCUGAUCAUAUAAAAAACAGAUGUUGUGUAGUAUCAUCUAACACAGGGACAGAAUGUUACUAAAGGAAGAGAGCGUGCGGAUGAGUACACAAGCUGUCACGAGCGAGACUGUGAAGCACUAAGCACCAAACAUGACCCACAGCUACAAGCAAAGCUCAGGCUUAUGCGAGCGGGUGAUCUUUUUGUUUCCAUGGCUUCUGUUUCUCUUUUUGUCCUAAGCCUGCCCAUCCCAAUGGGUGCAGGGUGCUGGCUUUCUAAAAAUCACAGACUAGAGGAGGAUUUCGGAGCUAAUCUGUCCUCUGCUAUAGUUCUAGACUGAUACAUCUACUGUAGCAACAAAACAUGAGCUUCAAAGCCCUGUGAGAAAAUCGUUCAUUUAAUUAGCAUACAAUCUCAGAUUAAUGAUUUAUGGCUGUAAAAACGACACAAAACAACAAAAUCAUAUUAGUGGCUAAAUCUCACAAAAAUAUGUCCAGAUCACAUUGCAAAAAAAUUGCACAAUGGAAAUGAUUAUAUUUUGUGAUCAGUUCUGUUUAAUUCUUUAUGAAAAUUCAAGCACAUUUUACACGAAAAUCUCCAUAAUCCAUUGGAACAAUAGUUUUUUUGGUUUUUGGUUUUUUUCGUGUGUGCAAUAUAUUUUCCGGAAAACAAUUCACAUUAAAUUAUAUAUUCAGAAAAUGCUGGUAAAUUAAACUUAGUUUUAGAUAAACACUAUAAAUAUUUUAGUUCCCUCUUACUCCACAACAAAUCUUUUAAAUGUAUAAAUUUAAUAGUACUUUCCAUUCAAUUAUUCUCAAUGUUGAAUAUUAGAACUAUUAGAUAUUCAAAUAGAACUGCUUUUAAAAUGUAAUUUAUUCCUGUGAUCAAAGCUGCAUUUUAAUGAUGUUACUCUAGUCUUCCAUGUCACAGGAUUCUCAGAAAUCAUUCUAAUAUGCUGAUUUGCUGUUAAAGAAACAUUUAUUAUUUUUUAAACAGUUGAGUUGAAUUUUUUCAGGAUUCUUUAAAGAAUAGAAAGAUCCAAACAUCAGCAUUUAUCCGAAAUAAAAGCAUUUGUAACAUUAUACACUAUACCAGGGGUGGCGAACAUCAGUCCUGGAGAGCCACAGCCCUGCAGAGUUUUGCUUUAACCCUAAUUAAACACACCUGAACAAGUUAAUCAAGGUCCGAAGGGUUACUAGGAAGCUACAGGUAGGUGAGAUUUUAUUAGGGUUGGAGCUGAACUCUGCAGGGCUGCGGCUCUCCAGGACCGGAGUUCGCCACCCCUGCACUAUACCAUUCAAAAGCUUGGAGUCAGUAUAUUUUGGGAAAUGAAUAUAGAAAUUAAUACUUUUAUUUAGCAAAGAUGCUUUAAAUUGAUCAAAAGUGAUGAUAAAGACAUUUAAAUGUUACAAAAGAUUUCUAUGUUAGAUACUCAGCUGUUUUUAACAUAAUAACAAUAAUAAUAGUAAAUGGUUUUUUUUUUUUUUUGAGCAGCAAAUCAGAAUAUUAGAACGAUUUCUGAAGGAUCAUGUGACUGGAGUAGUGACGCAAAAAAUUCAGCUUUGAAAUCACAGGAAUAAAUUUGAAAAUAUUUUAUAUUUUAAAAAUAUACUCAAAUACACUGUAAAAAAACAAUUUGUUGAGUCAACUUAAAAUAAUUUGUAACCUGGCUGCCUUAAAAUUUUAAGUUCAUUCAACUCAAAAAAAGUUUCAACUUAUUCAACUUUAUUCAACUUGAAAUGUUAAACUAUACUAAGUGACAACUUAGAUAUUUGAGUUGAAUCAACUUAAAAUAUUAAGGCAGCUGGGUUACUUACCCAUCUGUUAAGUUUAUCAAACACAAAUAUCUAAGUUGUUACUUAGUACAACUUAACAUUUUAAGUUGAAUAAACUUAUUUUAGUUGCCUGAACUUAAAAUUUUAAGGCAGCAGGGUAACAAAUUAUUUUAAGCCGACUCAACAAAUUGUGUUUUUUAUUUUUUACAGUGUAGAAAAGUUACUUUUGAAUAGUAAAAAUAUUUAGAAAUGUUAGUUUUUACUUAGGAUCAAACAAAUCCAAACACACACACACACAUAUAUAUAAAUGUGAUCUAAUACAUGACAGUAAAUACACAUAAUUUACACAUAAUAGUUCUGUAUAAAUACUUAAAAUAUUUCAUUUUUACAUUUUGGAAAAUAAUUUGCUUAAUUGACAAAAUAACAUUGCAUAAAAUGACAAAAUUGCCAUGAAAUAAUAACACAAUAAAACAUCUAAAUGGUGCUAAAAACCGAUUUAAUAAACUUUUCUCUUGAUUUUGGGGUGAAAUAUGAUCUGGACAUGCUCUUUUCACACUUUUUGUGAGAUUUGCCCUAAAAGUCUCAGACUUUAUUGAAACAAAUUGUGUCCUGGAAUUGUUGUGUGGGAUAAAAAGUGUGUUUUUAUAUAUUAACCCUAAAUGUUUAUUAAACUUGACAGCUGUUUAUUGUUUUGGCAGCAUAUCGCACAUUAUUGGACAUCAUGAGAGAUAGUGAAACUGUCAUUUAUUGAUUAUUUAUUCACUGAAAGUCAGCUGUGGCACUUAAAACUCCCAUCUGUCCUCAUGUAUGAUUUUUUUCCCCCCACUGUUCUCUUUUGACAAUCACAUGGAGUUCACAAUGGCCUGGCCUGAUGACGUGGAAUACAUCACAUUUGUACUUUUUCACAGCGCCCUGAUUCAUAACAAGCUACAGUACGUCCACUGAAGGAAGGACCGGCUUCAUCUGUGAAGAAAUUGUGUUUUGCAUCAUGCUUCUAAAAAGACCUGAUUCUUUGUGCACAUGGCCUUCAAUGUCUGUCAAUGUCUCCGCCAUUCACUGUCAGUUUUGUAAAAGUGAACCAUUGCUCUUUUUUUUGAGACACUGACUAACUGUAGCUGGAAGCUGUGAAAGAUUGUUCUUUUUUCUAAACAAAACUGUUAUAUGAACUUGUGCCUGAAAACAAACUGCAUCUAUAAUGGAAGAGGAAAAAAAUACUGUUAAACAAUCAGCUUUUCUUACUGACGGGCACUGAGGGUCCUUACACUUAAAGGGACGGUUCAAGCAAAAACGACGAUUCUGCCAUCAUUUACUCACCCUCGUGUUGUUGCAAAGCCGAACGGCUUGUUUCUAUAGAACAUAAAUGUAGAAAUGUUCAAGAAUUGUACUCAAAUUGUGAAUUUCCAUGCAGUUACAAUGAAUGAGAAACUGAAGCUGUCAAGCUUCAAAAGGAACCCAAAAUCUGAAAAAACUGAGCCAUGAUUCAUGCGCUACAUUCCAAGUCUUUUGAAGCCAUAGAAUAACCAGCGAGAAACAGACCAAAAUAUAUACAAGAGGUUUUAUGAGAAAAGAUGAUGUGUGAUUGGUAAACAACUGUUUCUUUUAUGUUGGGCCUUUUGAGUGAAUCAUUUCACAUUACAAAAUCUUUCAGAAUGAUCCAACAUCUUGAUUCAGUUCCAGCAUGUAAGAUCUCACUGGAAGAGAGGAUAAUAAGUGAAUGAAAACAAAAGAAACAGUCAUACUGGUUUGAAACAACAUCAGAGUGAGUAAAUGAUGACAGAAUGUCCAUUUUUCUGUGAACUAUUCAUUUAAAACAAAUUUUACUCACUGAUAUGUAUCAUUUAACAGUGCUAUUAUUUAAGAUGAGAAUUAUUAUUAUCAUUAUAAUAGGUGUGUUUCAUUUUUAUGGGACAAUACAAAGCCCAGGUGCCCUUCCUAAUGUAUAAACAUGUAAAUAUCUCAAAGCGUUUAAUGUGUAUUCUGAAUUCAGAGUUAGAAAGAGGAUUAAAAACGUGUAUUAUUUAUGAAGACAAAACUAUUUUGUUAAAUAGACCGAAAAAAAAAAAAGUGUUAUUCAGUAAAAAAAAGCAAGCCGG